AGGAUUCGUCAGUGCGAUUCCAGCACAAAACAAAAAUCAGCGCAAAUUUUUCCAAACUUCCGACUGAUUUUUGCUCAAAAAUGUGCAAUUUUUAGCUGCCAUCACUAGAGAGGUCAUUCCAUUGAAAACAAACCAAAGAACCUUCGUCAUGAAAUGGUACGCGGCCGUUUUCGUGGGCGCCCUCGUGCGCUAUCUGCUCAUGAGUUCGGAGUACUCCGGGUUGAUCCGGGGCCGGGUCGAAGUGGCCACGCCGCUCAACUCCUGGAAGCGGGCUGUUGAGGGCGCGUACUUGUACGCGAACGGAACCAACCCGUACGACGGAGAUUUGUACCACCAGAAUCCGUUCAUUCUGGUUUCGCUGUGGUAUUUGAUGCAGAAGGCGGCCGCGUACGUCGGCAUGGUCUUCAUCCAGCUGGAGAUUGGUACGGCGUUCAUGCUGAAGGCGGCGGCCACCGUGUUUAUCCGGGAGCUGUACGAGAAGCAACGUCGCCGCCGGGACAGCUUCGCCAAGGACACUGAAGAGUUGCAGAUAGAGACGGCGGAUUUGGGAAACUUGCCGUACUAUGUGGGUCUGGCGUACCUGUUCAAUCCGUACUCGAUUCUGAACUGCGUCGGCCAGACAACGACCGUGGCGAGUAAUUUUUUGCUGGCACUGUUCCUGGUCGGGACUGCGUACAGGUCGCGGAUUGUGGCCGGAGUUGCGUUGGCCCUUGAGACUCAGAUGAACAUUUACCCUUGCGUGUUGAUCGUUCCGGCUGCGCUGUUUAUCGCGGAAUCGACGCCUCGGAACAAAUGGCUUAGCAUUGGAACAACUUGCGGGACGUUUCUGGGCGCCUUUCUAUGGUUCAAUUACGCCGGGUUUGUCAUUAUGGGAGACUGGAGCUUCCUGGAUGCCACUUACGGAUUUAUUUUGAACUGCCGCGACCUGCAGCCCAACAUCGGUCUGUUCUGGUACUUCUUCACUGAAAUGUUCGACCACUUCCGCACGCUAUUCCUGUACACAUUCCAAAUCAACGCCACGCUGCUCUACCUGUUCCCGCUGACUUUCAAGCUGCACAAGGAGCCCGUGAUGCUGCUGACGAUCCUGCUCGCCCUCGGCGUCGUCUUCCGGCCGUACCCGUGCGUCGGCGAUGUCGCCAUGUACCUGUCGCUGCUGCCCCUCUGGAAGUCCAUCUCCAAGUUCAUGGGCCACAACUUUAUCGUGGGCGCCACGAUGCUGGUCACGAGCAUCCUCGGGCCGGCCGUGUGGUACCUGUGGAUCUACGCCAACUCGGCCAACGCGAACUUUUACUUCGGCAUGACGCUGGUCUACUGCACGGCGCAGAUCUUCCUCGUCACGGAUCUGUACUUUGCGUACAUCAAGCGCGAGUUUUGCUUGCGCAACGGGAUGCAGGUCACGAUCGACGGGAAGGAGGCGCGGAUUGCGCUGGAGUAGGGUGGUGGCGCGGGGUGCGUGCCCGGAAGAGUAUUACAUACCAUUGAGCAGUGAGAACCAGAGAGGCAUUUGUGCUUGUUUUGUGACAUCCUUUUUUUAAUUGUUUUAAGAGUAGAAAUAAACUGAUGAGUUAUAAUAAAUUGAA